AUGAACAACUCUUCGGGCGGUGGCAGCGGCGGUGCUCAGCGCCACCUCAGGAGUGCUCUCCGCGGUAUCACUGGCGGUGGGAAACAGGAGGGUAUGGAGGUGGAUGGUGACGCGGCAGGUCGUUCGCGUGGCCACAGACGGAACGCCGCGCGCUCUGGUGGACCUCUUGAUCAGUCCGGUCGCCGCAAGGACACCCCCUACAACAAGCCUUCUGGCAAGUCGUUGUCGAGCCGCAUCGGCGGCAGCAUCAACCCCAACGCACCCGUCAAUGCCCCCAAGGGCAAGAAGAGAGGCGGGCGCGACGCUCGUGAUGACGUCCUCCGCGACAAUCGCAGAGUCGAGCGUGUCGAGAAAGAGCAGCACACCAAGAUGGGUGUCCUCAUCAAGAGCGAGGAGAUGAGACAGUGGCUCCGCUCUAAGGUUAUAGGCCCCGGGGUCGUCGACAUGUCGAACCUACCUAACGACCCGUGGCUUCUCAAGGAGGGCCUCUUGCCGCCAGGCCACAAGGAGGCCCCUUCCAACACUGGCCAUGUUUUCUGGAAGCUCAUCUCUCAAACCCUCGAAACCCCCGAGCAGAAGAUCCACACCCUGUCACUUGCCAACAACAACUUUACCAAUCUUGCCCCCCUGCAGAAGCUCCCCAUCUGCCUUCCCUACAUCCGGGCGCUCGAUCUUAGCGGGAACCCCAUCCACAAGAGCGACGAGCUCAAGCACCUCCAAUCCGCAGGCGAAGCCAAGGGCAAAGCCAGUUCCGGCGCAGGCAGCCUCAAGAACCUGGUCGAGCUCAAGCUCGACGAUGUCAGGUUCCGCAUUGAGCUCCUCGCGCAGCCCGGUGGAGCGGAAAAGUACCAACACGAUGUCCUCCGUCGCUUCCCCGGCCUUCUUGUUCUCGACGGUGUCCAGCUGAACCGCAUCAUCUUCCCACUGGAGCGCAAGCCUAUAGUCAGGCGUACUGCGGAGGAGCGCAAGCCUCUUGUGGCUCGCCCUUUCACGUACCCCUUCGACGUAAGGCCGAGCUUUGAAGAGAACGAAGCGGUCCACCAGGUUGUAAUGGCGUUCUGCCAGAAGUUCUACACCCUCUUCGACGCCAACCGCGCCGAGUUGAUCUACGCGUACCGCGACGACGCCACGAUCUCAAUCUCGCCUAACACUCUUCCGUCGCGCUCGUGGCAGGCCAGCGAGGUGACUGCCUCCCGCAGCCAGCGCCCAGCCCCCGUCUCCUUCGAGGCGUGGACGAGCCUUCCUGGCCGCAACUUCUUCCGCACCUGCACAACCAUCGAGCAGCGAACCGCCACUCUCAAGUCGCCAAUGGACAAGGACGAGCUGAUUCGCUGGUGGAACACGCGUGUUCCGCGGACCGAGCACCCUCUUACCGACGCUUCCAAGUGGAGCAUCGACGCGUGGUACUUUGACGACAACCAGGACCGCAUCUCUGCCGUCAUCCAGGGCGAGUUCAAGGAGCUUCCAUCUGGGACGUGGCGCUCCUUCACCCGCACCUUCAUCCUCGGUGCGCCUGCUCCAGACUCUCCCGCCAUCGCCCACAACUGGCCUUGUGUCGUUCUGGCCGACACGAUGGUCGUUCACUCAUACCUCGGCACCGGGUCAUGGGACGGCAAGUCAACCCUUGCCAAGGGCGAGGUCACUAUCGUCCCUCCCGGUCCCGCUGCUGCUGUUGGCGGCGAAGAUGCGCAGAAGGCGUCGCUCAUUGCGGCAGUUCGCCAGCGCACCGGGAUGAACGCUGCCUUCUCAGAACUCUGUCUCUCGCAGAACGGCUGGGACGUCGACCGCGCUGUUAUCAACUUUGGGGAGAUCCGCUCGAGCAUUCCGCCCGACGCGUUCAACUAG